ACCCGGCGGCCUGAACCGGAAGUGAUUCCCGAAGCGGCGGGCCGCGUGUAUUGAUUUUCUAGGGCGGUAGUGGGAACUCCUGUUGCGAUGACCAAAAUAAAGGCAGAUCCGGAUGGGCCGGAGGCUCCAGCGGAGGCGUGCAGCGGGGAGCGCACUUACCACGAGCUGCUGGUCAAUCUGAACCCCAUCGCGCAGCCCCUGGCAUCUCGGCGCCUUACGCGGAAGCUCUACAAGUGCAUCAAGAAAGCCGUGAAGCAGAAGCAGAUCCGGCGCGGGGUGAAGGAGGUUCAGAAAUUUGUCAACAAAGGCGAGAAAGGGAUCAUGGUUUUGGCAGGAGACACAUUGCCAAUCGAGGUCUACUGCCAUCUCCCAGUCAUGUGUGAGGACCGAAACCUGCCCUACGUCUACAUCCCUUCCAAGACAGACUUGGGUGCGGCUGCGGGCUCCAAGCGCCCCACCUGCGUGAUCAUGGUCAAGCCCCACGAGGAGUACCAGGAGGCCUAUGACGAGUGCCUGCAGGAGGUACAGGCCCUGCCGCCACCCUUGUGAAGGUCCUGGUCUGAGCCAGUGCCCGUGGAAACUGCUGGGCUACGGCUCAUCUCGGCACAUCCCGACUGCCCAGGGCACAGACCCCUCCCAGGCCACGGGACACCUGUUUCAUGAUGGUAGUAGAGCCACCGUCUUCUCCAUCUGUGCCAUUCCUGUAGAGCUUCAGUGAAGACAGUUGCAGGAGUGUGGGGUGGGGAAGUAAACGCUAAGACUAAAA